AUGAAAGAGAUUACGUGCCCUUUGGACCCUAUUUAUGGCUUUUCAUUAAUCAGUUCUCUCGAGAAUCUGGAAAUUCUUGAGAAUUCCUCCAAUUUUGUAGACAUUAGCGACGAAACUCUUCUGGCGAUUGUCUCGAAGUGCCAUAAACUUCGGGAACUACUGCUCGCGCUUAACACUCGCGUCACCGAUCAGUCAAUCGCUCAAAUCCCACAACAUUUGCCACAAUUAAGCAAACUAUGCAUUACUGACACUAAAAUAUCGGACUACUCUCUGGCAAUACUAUCGGAAUUGAAAUCAUUAGUCUAUUUAGACAUAAGCGGUUCCAGUGGUGUGACCGACGCGGGCGUCGAGUCAAUGGUCGACGGCUGCCGUACGCUUGAAUUCAUGCAAUUGAAUCGAUGCGAAGCCGUCACCGCCGAAGCGCUCAGAUUCUGUGUCAAAACCAUUACCGAUAGCGAAGAUAGGGAUCUAUUCGCGGAUCUCGUAGUCGUUUAUAACGGCAAUCGAACUAGCACACAGUUUGGUAAAGUGUAUGCGUUAUGA